AUGCUAACUGAGCGCCAAUUGUUAGCUAACAGUGUUAAUGCCGAUGAYUGUUAUCGCAAGUUUGUCGAGACUGUCAAUGAUAAAUCAUAUACUACCGUACCAUUAGCUAACAGUCCUACUCCUCUAGUAAAUGGUAGUAACAAUUGGGUUGUAUUGGCUGCCGGUAGUAAAGGCUGGUCUAACUAUGCCGAUCAGUCAAUGAUAUACCGGGCCUAUCAUAUGUUCCGGUCGUAUGGUAUACCCGAUGAUCAUAUCAUAAUGUUUCACUACGAUGACAUUGCCAACGAUACCCAUAACCCGACACCGGGUAUUGUAAUCAACGUACCCGACGGUCCCGAUGUCUAUCACGGCGUACCCAAAGAUUAUACCGGCAAUGAUGUUACACCAGAGAACUAUUUAGCGGUACUUAAAGGCGAUCCCGGAUUAGUUAAAAAAGGCCGAAAAGUGUUGAAAAGCGGUCCAAUGGAUAACAUAUUUCUAUGGUUCGGCGAUCACGGACUACCUGGUGUAGUACUAUUUCCAUCAAGUUAUCUACAUUAUACUGAUUUGAAUAAUGCAUUGAUAUAUAUGUAUGAAAAUAAACGUUACGCUAAUCUAGUUAUCUAUAUUGAUACAUGUUUAUCAGCUGCUGACCUUGAGCACCGUACCCUCGAUCAACAGUGGCACCGAUUGAAUAGGACGGAUGUUAUUGAUGAAACCCGUGGACUAACCCCUGAACAUCCGGGUCAUCAGCACCCGCAACGYUACGGUAAUCURUCGAUGGGUUCAAAACAUUUAUCCGAUUUUUUCGGUAAUUAA